GGAGCCCUAUGCAGCGGAAAUAUAAAAUAACCGGGAUCCAAUACGCAUACUAUGUACAUAACGAAAAACACAAAAAAAAUGUAGUUAUGACUUAUUAACGCGGUUAAAAAAUUGUCAUUCUGCAUAUAUCGAGCAUCGAAUAAAAAACUAAAAGAAAAAAACGCUUGUAUUCAUUGAUAGAAGAAAAGAUUCAAAUGUAUGUAGUUGUGAAUUACGAUUGCAGUUAAAAAAUUAUCUCACUUCAUAACUCAUAAGUUAAAACCCUAGCAAACCAAGAAAAUUAGCUCGCUCGAUUACGCCUUUUAAAAUUGAAAUGAACGAUUCAAAAAUAAACCGUUAUAUAAAUUUCUGACUCUAGAACUAUCGAUAUAUUUAUCUAAUAUCUUAUCACCCCUUCAUUUCCAUUCCUAUAUUAUUAUUAUAAAUUUCAUAAUAUUUAAAAAUUAAAAAAAAAACAUUCUUUCUUUUUCCCCUCCUUCCAUAUUCCCUACAAAACCUCUCAUCCACUCUCUCAAAAUUCAUUAAUUUUCUUUUCCAUCUUUUCUUCUCAUAUUUUAAACAUAAAAAAAAAAUCUCUUUCUUUUUCUUUUAUGGUGGAAAAAACAACUAGAAUGUCAAAUACAACAAACAAAAUAAAUCCAUAAUCCACCACAAUUUCCAAAAAAAAAAAAAAUUAAAAAAAAAUCCCUUUCAUCUUAUAAACAUGUCAUCUACUACGAAUAACGACGAUGAAUUUAACGUUCAAAAAAGUAAAUUUUCGGAGUAUGAUCGUGUUAGUUGUGAAAAUUCUCCUAUGAAUAUGUCACCAUGGAACCAAAGUUGUAAUUUAAAUGCUACAAAUGAUGAUGAUAACGAUGAUGUUACGAAAAAUAAUCGUAAAAUUUGUUUAAUUGGUUCACUUGUACGUGAAGAAGGACAUAUUUAUUCUUUAGCUACGAAAAAUGAUCUUCUUUAUACCGGAUCUGAUAGCAAAAAUAUACGUGUAUGGAAAGAUAUGAAGGAAUUUUCAGCUUUUAAAUCAAAUAGUGGACUUGUUAAAGCUAUUAUUAUUUCAGGAGAUAAAAUAUUUACCGGUCAUCAAGAUGGAAAAGUUCGUGUUUGGAAGGUGCAACCUAACAAUCCUAGUAGUUUCAAGCCUGCUGGAACUCUACCAACAUUCUUUGACAUUUUCAAGGCUUCAAUUAGGCCAAGCAAUUACUUCAUGUCAGCAAAACACAACAAAGCUUCAAUUUGGAUCAAACAUUGGGAUGCAAUAUCUUGUUUAAGCAUGGAUCAUAAUCAUGGCCUAUUGUACUCUGCAUCAUGGGACAGAACAUUCAAAGUAUGGAGAGCAGACAGUUCAAAAUGUCUCGAAUCAGUCAAAGCACACGAAGACGCUGUUAAUUCAGUCGUAGCUAGUGCUGAUGGCGUUGUCUAUACCGGUUCAGCUGAUGGUACUGUCAAGAUAUGGCAAAGAGAGUUCACACCUAAGACGAUACGACAUGUUUUGGUUCACACACUUUUGAAUCAGGAGUGUGCUGUGACUGCGUUAGCCGUUAACAAGUCUGGUUCUGUUGUGUACUGUGGUUCAUCUGAUGGUGUUGUGAACUUUUGGGAAAAAGAGAAGAAGAGUUGGACACAUGGUGGUGUACUAAAAGGUCAUAAGUUGGCUGUGUUGUGUCUUGAAUCAGCUGGUAAUCUUGUGUUUAGUGGAUCAGCAGAUAAGAACAUUUGUGUUUGGAGAAAAGAAGGUUGUGUUCAUACAUGUUUGUCUAUGUUGACAGGACACAAUGGACCUGUCAAAUGUUUGGCUGUUGAACAAGAUAAAGAAUCAACAACAAGUGAUAAAAAAUGGGUACUUUAUAGUGGGAGUCUUGAUAAGUCUGUCAAAGUUUGGAGUGUUUCUGAAAUGGCACCAAUUAUGCACAAUGGAGAGGUUCAAUAGAUGUUGUAAUUUGUCUAUGUUGCUUGGGGUGCGUGUCGGGGUCUGCAAAAGUAGUGCGGCAUUGAAAGUGAAGAGUCUGAGCAACUUAGGUAUGUUUGAAAAAGUGUUUGAUGUGUGUUGUGUGUUGUGUUUUUCAUACACUCUUUUGGAAAGAGAGAAGAUUUGUUGGGGGUUAUGGAAAAAUGUAAAAUUGUAAGAUAUGUAACAAUUAAAUGGUGUGUAAAUUUGUUGGCCAUUGGUUUCUUAUAUUAUAUAAGUAUAUAAUUUUUUUGGUAUGUAA